AUUCCAAAUUAUCUAGGCAUAUGAGCUGUCUUUGCCUUCUGUUAUUUUCUGCUAGGAAAGCAUUUGCUGACAAUCUACAAGAUCAGAGUUCAGGAGAAAGAGAAAGAGAACUGGAUUUAAACAGCUCUGAAAGGGGUGAAAGACAGUGUGAUUUAGAAUCUCAUACUGAUGGUGAUGGAUAUAGAUGCCAGAUAAACAGUGGUAUAGUGGAAGCUGCAGAAACUGGUGCUAGUAUUGAAUCAACAACACAGAAUGUUAACCACAGGCAUUGUACCAAUGGUUUUUCAGAUGUUAUUAGCAGUCCCCACAAUAUGGAUGUUGAUGACUCUGCUGGAGUUCAUUGGGAAUGCAAAGCUACAAUUGAAGAUAUUAACCGUAGGGUUGAACUUAAUCCUCAACAAAUUGUGAACCCUUGCAAAGAGAGUGAUUUAAGUGGUGCAAAUGAGGGUGCAAAGGCUGUUGUGGUGGAAUUGACUACUCCAUCCACACCUGGUUGCAAAGGCGAAGAUGGUACCAAUGGAGAAGUGGCUCCUGGCAAUGUGUUUUCCAUUCAACAUCUAUGCCUGUUGGUUCUUAAUCAACGUCUCAUAGAGGAUAAGAUUGCUCAGUAUGAUAAAAAGAUCCAGACAAUUAUGAGUGGCGGCGAUGAUGAUCUGGAAUUAAAGAUAGAUUCCAUUGUAGAAGGCUGUGAUAACAUCAAGAGGGGACAUUUAUCAGAGGAAGUUGCGGAAAUGCCAAGUCAAUGCUGGGAGUUGGAUGAUAUGUGCUAUAAGAACAAUUGGAGACUGCCAACUUAUCGUGUAUCAGCAUUGGAUGGUGGAUUUCAGGCUAGCAUAACUCUAAAAGAGAUGGAUUUUCAGUUAACAAGUGAGGGAGAUGCGUGUUCGACGACCCAAGAAGCAAGGGAAUCUGCUGCAAGACAGAUCUUGGCCACGUUGUGCAAUGUAACAAGUCUGCCUCACUAGUUAUGGAAUCCCCAUCUAGAGGCACUAAAACCAUUUUGACUCAUUUUGGUAUAUAUAGGAACGGGGCAAAUCUGGCGUUGGCUCACUACUUGACGAAAUAUCAGUUGACUUGUGAGACACUAGGACUUUUUCUUCAGCUUCGGUUAUGGUCACCCGUGAUAUUGUUAAGGUCACUAAUAUUCUACUCUUGUUUUGUUAAAUUACUUCUUUGCUCACACAAUUAAACUGGAAAAACACAUGAAAGUGAUGAGGGCAAAGUUGAAAUAGUGAUAGAAUGUUGGUGGCUUUAAUAAUAUUCCUGGUGGCUGUGACUGGAGCCUGGUUUGCUUUUUGGUAGGAAACAGAGUCAAGGCCUAAGAAGCGCGAUGACAUCAAUUUUUGCU